UUAACGCAGCAGGGGGCAGCAACGGUCACUAACGUCUGUGCGCAGGCGCAUUGGCAGUUCACACAACUGCAAUAAGCAAACAUGGCGGCGGCCGUCGACAGUGUUGUGAAAGUGCUUGGAGAGCAGUAUUACAGAGAUGCUAUGGAGCAGUGUCACAGUUACAAUGCUCGUCUGUGUGCUGAGCGCAGCAUCCUCAUGCCUUUCCUGGACUCUCAGACUGGUGUGGCUCAGUCUAACUGUUACAUCUGGAUGGAGAAGAGACACCGGAGUGCAGGUGUAGCUCCAGGUCAGCUGUACACCUACCCUGCUCGUCGCUGGAGAAAGAAACGGCGUUCUCACCCCCCUGAGGACCCCCGCUUGGCAUUUCCUCCUCUCAAAGCAGCAGAUUUGGAGCUGGGUCUGAAGCGUGAUACCUUGGGAGCUGUGGACGGCAGCAGUUUGGAGGCGCUGCUGAAAGGGGAGCCUCUUGAUAGGAGGAGUGGCGUGUCGGACGCCCGUGGCCCUGAGGACGAUUCAGCCACUGUAGAACCUCCUGCCACAUCAACAGCCACUCACACAUCCUCCGGGCGCAUCCGUAAGAGAGUACUGGACCAUGAUGAUUAUUUGGAUGAUUUGGAUGAUGAAGACUUUGAGGAUGAAACCCCCAAGAGACGAGGCAAGAGCAAGUCCAAGGGCCGCAGUGACAAGAAUGGCAAGAAGAAAACAGAGGCUGCAGCUGCAGCACUGGAGGAGAGGGAUAAACCUUACGCCUGCGACAUCUGUGGGAAGCGCUACAAGAACCGUCCUGGCCUGAGCUACCACUAUACACACUCUCACCUGGCCGAGGAGGAGGGCGAGGACCGCGAGGAGAUCGAGGCACCACCCACUCCUCGCCAGCCUGAGGAGCAGAAGACAACUAAGAAGGGUCCCAACGGACUGGCACUGCCCAAUGAUUACUGUGACUUCUGCCUGGGAGACUCCACCUUAAACCAGAAGACUGGCCAGUCAGAAGAGCUGGUAUCCUGCUCCGACUGUGGACGCUCAGGCCACCCGACGUGCCUGCAGUUCACUCCAGUGAUGAUGGCCGCAGUGAAGACCUACCGCUGGCAGUGCAUCGAGUGCAAGUGCUGCAACGUUUGUGGCACCUCAGAGAAUGAUGACCAGCUGCUGUUCUGUGACGACUGUGACCGAGGCUAUCACAUGUACUGUCUAACUCCACCUAUGACUGAACCACCGGAGGGGAGCUGGAGCUGCCACCUGUGCCUGGCUCUGCUGAAGGACAAAGCCUCCAUAUACCAGCAGAACCAGAGCUCCACCCCUGAGUGACAUCACGACUACAAACCCCACCCCUCAGCACCAGGACCACACCUUCGAUCCAAACGUCAGACCUCCUCUCAGUUCGGAGCGCCAGGCUCUGUCCAGAUGUAGCUGAGCCAGACCGCAGAUCAGCUUUAGAAGCCUUUCAUAUCUACAGCCCCAACGGGGCUCUCAGAACUAAAACAGACCUCAGAUCAGUCAAAACGAGGAUCAACCCGUCACUACCAACCUGCCUGCAAAGUCCCCGAGGCUCGUCGUCAAACAUAUUGUGUGCAAAUACAGUAUCAACACACACUUUCUCCUGGACUGUUACACACACUAGACACAGGGACAGAGCGCAUGCAGUAACCAUAGUAACUGCUGUCUCCAUGGGAGCUCCCAGGAGAAAACGGAUUAGCAUCCCAGCUAAUUAUGUGCACCCGUUCACACUCAAAGAUGCAGGGUGGACUGACGAGACAACACAGUUUCUCUUCUGCCAAAUUAUCUAUUUUUACUCCCUGAAAGUGACGCAAGGAAACGUCGCUACAUAUAAGGAUUAUUAUUAUUGUUAUUAUUAUUAUUAUUGCUAUUGUUCUGGUUACUAGUGGGCUUUUGUAGUGACAUUUGUCCGUGUACUCUUGUCUGAUCCAUUGGGGCAUUUAUCUUUUGAGAAGGUUUCCCUGAGGAGGAGCCGAUCAGUGCCAAGGUCCAGCUUCAUAAGAAACACAGUGACUCUGCUCAUCCUAAGCACCAUUCAUCAUCUUUGUCUUAAAUCAGGGGCACAAAGAUGGUACAAUUAAGUCUGUUAGCACAAAUGCUUUUGGUGUUGCUACUUUAAAAAAAAUGAUUUUCAUUACUGAUUCUGUUACUGAGAUCAGUUGCUUCAACCAAACACUACACAACUGAGCAUAAACUGCAGGCUGGGCUCAUUAAAAGUCAAACUUUAGCUAUGGUGGCAUUUGUUAACUUCGUUUCUCCAUCAGACGGAGCCAAUGCUCUGGUUUUAGUCAGUGUUACUUAAUGAUGUUCUUAUUGGAGAAACUGAUGGCGGUUCCACAUUUUUAGCCCAUCCAACACAUGAAACUAGAUGCAUCCUUUUCUCACAGAUGUUUUUGUGCUAGCUUUUUAGAAGUAGUUUGGCAGUGACAUCAUUCUUUUGACACGGCGUUUUGAACAGCUGCUGUCACGCCGACAACACACAAUCAUUCACAAACUGUAGCUGCUUUUAUCAUUUGUCACGCCGAGGCGGAUUUGCAUGCAGAUUGCACCUGUAUGAAUGCACACACACUCACAUCACAAGUGUUUUUAUUUUUAUUAUUUUCAUUUUUUUGUUGUUGUAUUGUUUGUAUUUUUUUUUUACAUUUUGUAUUACCUGUAUUCCAUUGGUAUUGGGAGUUUUUUCUAGUAGAAUUUUGUAAAGUCUACGGUAUAGCAAACACUUCAAUAUAUAGCUCCUAAUGCAUUCUAUGUACUGUAUUGACUUUUUCUAUUUUUGUUAUGACUGUGACAUGUUUGAAUUUAUUUGAUUAUUCUGAUAUGUCAGACCUUCAUUAUGAGUAUUUGUAAAAUGAUGUACUUUGUUGUACUAUUUUUAUUUUUACAUUUCUUUGGUAUCAAAACCAAUUUAGCCUGACUGAAAUAAAAAUCACUUUGAA